UUUUUGGCAAAAUACUCAAAUGAUAACGAGUUUAAUGUAUUCUUAUGAAAUGAAUAAAGAAUAUUCGAUUGAUGCCUUUAUAUAUAUCAAUCGUUUUCUGAAAAGAAAGUGGCUCAUCUCACAUGAUUGGAAUCUGAAAAUGUUCAGAAAUGAUGACUCGACGGCGUUAUUCACUUGUGAUUGGUGUGGCAAGAGUUAUCGAACUCGUUCGAAAAGGAUUGCACAUAUAAGAACACAUACAGGAGAACGACCUUAUAUUUGUAGUUAUCCUUGUUGUGGAAGAUCAUACACACGUUCAGAUCAUCUUCGUCGGCACGAGUGGAGUCAUCAGGAGUUGAAGCCUUUUACUUGUUCACGAAUCAAUUGUGCCCAAUCGUUUGCUACUAAACAACGUUUACAGAGACAUGAAAGGUCACAUAGUGCCAAAAUGGCGUUUACUUGCACCUUUCCCUGUUGUGGAAGAGCUUUUCGAAAGAAGAGACAGUUAGCAGAACACUGCCUUUCUCAUUCAUCAAUAUAUUCUACUUGUAACUAUGAAGAUAUUGAGAACAAAUAUGAAGGAAGUGUAAACUCGAUUGAUGUGGGCAAUAACUCAUCGUUACUAUUUCAAGUUCCUGAAGAGUGGACUUGCUUACCUUACUUUUGUUCUGUACCAGAUUGCAACAAAGGUUUUAGAAGCUAUGCUGAAUUGUCUGCACAUUGUCAAGAAGCACAUGACAAGGUUGUGUUUUCUUGUAAUUACUGUGACAAAACUUUUUCGAAAUAUUCUUCUUGGCUUCGACAUCUCAGUACCCAUGAAGAGUCUGUCCAAGUUCGACAAGUUUUUCCUUGUCAUUUUCCUAGUUGCUCAAAAAAGUUUACUUCAUCAUACAAUUGUAUGGUUCAUGAGAGAGCAGUACAUGAAAAGCAAUAUCUCUUUGAGUGUUCCUUUUGUGAGAGACGAUUCACUUUAGAGUCAUCUCUUCAAAGACAUGUUCGAAAACUUCAUAAUGAUGAUAAGGAUAGAGAAGCUAACAAGGAGCAAAAGAACUCCGUGAUAGAGUCACGAUGGGAACCCUCCGUCGAAAGAGAAAUGACCUAUUCCCAUGUUUUGAAAGCGUUAUGUGGAAAAUCAUAAUAUUUCAUUUAUUCACCCAAACCAUUGAUUAUUCUUUAAGAAUCUUCAAAGGAAUCCACCUAGUUUUACUGUGUUGUUGUAUCUUCCAAAGGUACUUUUAUGUAUUCUUUACCCUCGAGGAUGUUUGUACUAUAACAAGAAACUUCUUUCCAUUGUGAUAUAGUUCCUGCCAAAUCUUCAUCCAAAUAGAAACUGUAUAAAUAACAUAAUAGAAUA